ACCUUGACCUUGCUAAUAGAAUAUUAAUAACAUGUUUUAGAUAAGCGAAAAUAACUGAUAAUGUUAGUGGUUUUAAGUGCAUUUUAGUAUUGCAGCGUUAGUCGCGAAGUUGAGUCGCUAACUCAUGCAAUAGGCAAUCAUGAGUACGCUUGUGCAAGUGCGACAAGGUAAGUUGUGUGGAGUCAAAGAAAAAACUAUAUAUGGCAAAGAAUUUUAUGCGUUUCGGGGGAUCCCGUACACGAAGUCGCCGAUUGGAGAAUUAAGAUUCAAGGAUCCAGAACCACCAGAAUCUUGGACUGGAGUGAGAGAUGCUAAGAAAUUUGGAAAUAUAGCAUUACAAUAUGAUAAUGCAUCACAGAAAGUAAUAGGAAGCGAAGAUUGUCUUUUCUUAAAUAUCUAUACAAACACUUUAAAUCCAAUGGCAUCAAAAUCUGUAAUAGUAUGGAUCCAUGGUGGUGCUUGGAUCAUGGGUUCUGGUAAUGAUGACAUGCACGGACCAGAUUAUUUGAUGGAAAAAAAUAUCGUCCUAGUUACAAUUAAUUAUCGACUUGGUAUACUAGGUUUUCUCAACUUAGAUGAUGAAACAGCUGCUGGAAAUCAGGCAUUGAAGGAUCAGGUCAUGGCAUUGAGAUGGGUACAACAAAAUAUUGAUAAAUUUGGUGGUGACGUGAAUAAUGUUACGAUUUUCGGAGACAGUGCUGGGGCGGUUUCAAUGGUCUGGUAUCAGAGAAGCCAAAACAUAUGCCAGUAAAUGUGCGCAAGUAGAUCUCUUUACUCGAAAAGUAAUGGGAGCUGAAGAUUGUCUUUAUUUGAACGUUUUUACAACAAAUCUAAAUUGUAAACCUGUUAUGGUGUGGAUACAUGGAGGCGCAUUUUUCUGUGGAGCUGGUGAUGAUGAUUUUUUCGGCCCCGACUAUCUUAUUGAAAAAGAUAUUGUUCUAGUUACGAUAAAUUAUCGCCUUGGAAUUCUAGGUUUUCUUAAUUUGGAUGACGAAGAAGCAUCAGGCAAUCAAGGUUUGAAAGAUCAAGUGAUGGCUUUGAAAUGGGUGCAACAAAAUAUUGCACAAUUUGGUGGUGAUCCGAACAAUGUCACCAUAUUUGGGGAAAGCGCUGGAGGAGCUUCUGUUCAUUAUCUGAAUCUUUCUCCUUUAGCUCGAGGUUUUUUUGAUAAAUUUGUUCUUUCAGGAUUGUUUCAUAAGUCGAUUAUACAAAGCGGCGUUGCAACUAAUCCAUGGGCGUUUACAAUACAUUCACCAAAAGAAGCAGCAGUUAAAAUAUCAUCAGUUCUAGGGAAUAAAACAACUGAUACUCAAGAACUUAUCAAGUAUUUACGAACCGUCGAUGUAAUCGAGUUAGCUAAAGCCGAACAUGAGAUUAAGUCUAUGAAGGAAGCUCUUAUGUUUGAAAAUCCUUUCGUACCGUCAGUUGAUCUAAAGUCGAAAACUCCAUUUUUGACUAUUCCAGUUCACGAAGCUGCCAAGUCUGGUAUCAAACUUCCUCAUAUGAUUGGUUACACAAGUCAGGAAGGGAUCUUCAUUUUAUCACUAAACUUUUUUGAUUUCAUGAAAGACGACGAUUAUUCUAAAAUAGAAGAUAACUUAAAUACUUUGCUUUUGCACGAGCAUAUGAAAAAUUUCUUGCAAGAGCGAAAAAUAUCUGCUGGCGACGUAAAAAAAUUCUUCCUUGGUGACAAAAAAAUUAGCCGUGAAAAUGCUCCUCUUGUUGCUGAUUUAUUUAGUGCGACUUUGAUUUUGAUUAACAUACAUCAUGCACUUGAAGCUCAACAUGAUGCUCCAACAUAUUUAUAUAAAUUUGAUUACUACUCGAAAGAAACUGCCGCAAUGCAGAAAUUGUUAGACAUUGAUGUAGAAGGUACAUGUCACGCUGAAGAUCUCAUCUAUUUGUUUCGUUCAAAAUUACUAGAAGAAGCUGGAAUUAAACAAAUAGUUCCAGGAACAACUGAACAUGUCAUCCGACAACAAUUCCUUGAACUGUGGACUAAUUUUGCUAAAACUGGAAAUCCAAAUUCAGAGACGUCAGAGUUGAUUAAUGUUGAAUGGAAACCGUUAGACAGUUUUAAUGAGUACAAUU